AUGCCGGAACAUGACCCCUUGGUCCUAUCAUACACCCACCUCGCGCAGUUGCGCCGAGCUGGUGAGGCACUGACCAUCUUGAAGAAAGUGGCCUCCCUUGUAAAGCCGAUCAUGCGCAGUCGUGGGUGGAAGGUUGGGGAGCUGGUUGAGUUCUAUCCCAACCAGCACAAUCUGCUUGGGCUCAAUGUUAAUCGCGGGAUGAGAAUAUGCCUGCGGUUACGCUAUCCGCAGGACCAGAAUCAGUUCCUCCCGACCGAAAGUAUCGUUGACACGAUGCUACAUGAACUCUGUCACAUUGUACACGGACCUCAUGACGCCAAGUUUCAUGCUCUCUGGGACCAACUGCGUGAUGAAUGGCAAGGGCUCCUUUUCAAGGGAUACACGGGCGAAGGAUUCUUGUCUGAGGGCCAUCGGCUGGGCGGAAGACAGGCGCUGCCGACUCAUGAAGUGCAGCGGCUUGCCCGUGCGGCCGCGGAAAAGCGAAAAGCUCACGAGCAGUUGUCUCGGGGGUCAGGGCAACGGCUUGGCGGAGGGGAUAUAUCACGGCCGCCAAGGACAGGUAGAAACCUACGCCAAGCGGCGGCGGCGGCGGCCGAGAAGCGCACAAAAGCUCUCGAGGGCUGUGCAACGGACAAGCUGAGUGACAACGAGAUUCGGAUCAUUGCAGACACGGCGUCGAAGAAUGGGUUUCGUACGCGGGCAGAAGAGGACGAGGCCAACGAUCUUGCCAUUGCGCAGGCCCUAUGGGAGAUGGCCCAGGAAGACGAGAUGGCUAAUUCGGGUGGUUCAUACGUGACCUCAUCGCCUGCGGAAAAAAUAAUGACGAGCAACGGGAACAAGACGGUGUCAUUUGACGGCUCACGGCCAAGGCCGGGCGUGGGGAGCAGCGGCGGCGGCAGCGGCAGCAACACUGGCACGAUCACCAAGAGACCAGUGCCUCCUCGUCCCAGAGAGGAGCGAUUCUGGAUCUGCUCAGUAUGCACCUUGCAUAACCCGCAGGACUUCUUGUGCUGCGAUGCCUGUGGGGUGGAGCGAGGCGAGGCAACACUACACGUACCGGUGACACCGAGACAGCCUGGGCCGAGGCCAGCUGUGAUUGACCUAACAGACAGUCCGCCGAAGAAGAAGACGAAGGGUCGUGAGACACUGCAAACCGCCCAGAGGCCACCAGCAUCGACGUCGGCGUCGUCGGGCGCCGUGUCGGCACCGGCCCCAGCUCCAGCUCCAGCAACGUGGCGCUGCGAAUUUUGCACGACAGAAAUGGACCGGCAGUGGUGGACCUGCUCUACCUGCGGACAGAUGAAGUUCAAUUCACGAUAG